AUGUGGUUGAAGCUAGAAGUGCAAGUAAGUGAAGCUAGGAAGUGCAAGUAAGAGAAGAAUACAUGUCUAAAGUGGACCCAUUCCCUCGUGGUUUAUGUGCAGCCAGUGAGUUCGACGGUGGAUUGAAGGUGGAUGGCGAAGUGCGCCCGCAUCCAAUAAACAUCUGUCAGUAAAUAAAAAGAACAAAGCUUCUCGGCGAGUGUCGUUCGCUUGCUGCUGUCCUGCCACUUGAGUGUUGCUGCCGGCGACUCGUCGCAAACACGCCGCUGAGUUGUCGCUGAGUACUGGCACCGAGCGGCACUUGCCGCUGAGUUGUCGGUGCCAGUGAAAGGAUCUGGAGCAAAAGAUCAGAGAUGGCACGCUUCUUUCCAACAGACACUAUCUCCAUAAAAACAAGGAGUUUUAUCCGGCAUUGCAAAUGAUGUACUCAUCCAACAACACAUUGUUGGAUGACUUGAAGACUUCAGAGAUGAUCAAAAGGCUCAAGAACAUCCUGCCUGUAACGGGCAACGAGCUAGAACAGCAGAUGUACCUGGAAGAUGUAAUUCUGCCAGAGGUAACAAUUCAGUGGCUGAGAAAAACACUGGGUCUUUGGAGACACGAGGCAGAAAGCCUCCUCUUAAAACAGGAAGAUGCACACAGUGGAAGAGAAAAGGAAAACGACAGCCCUGCACCUGAGCCGACAGACCAACAGAAUUCUGGAAAAUUCCAAAAAAUUGAGCAUGCUCUGUUGGCAGCCAAGUGGUGCCAGACAUGGCCUUUGAAGGGGAAGGUGACAUUACCCGCACUGACGCUAAUGGGCCGAUCAGAACAGCUGGCCAUCGGAAAAGCACAUGCGGGAGAAGAAGAAGAAGACGACGGAGCUGAAAGACUCUUUGAUUUCAACUUUGAAUAUCAAAGUGAUUAUAAUAGGUUUUCUGAGGAAUUCAUGGACAAGGGUUACAAGGUGGAUGGGUCAUUCAAGCACUGUGAUUAGUUGCGUAAUGAGAGUUUAUUAUUUUACAUGUUGUGUUUUGUUUUAUUAAAUGUGUUUCAUAUUUACAAAUACGUUCCGUGAA